CAGCAGUGCACCCACCUGUGCCCAGCAGUGCGCCUACCUGUGCCACCCAGCAGUGCACCCUCCUGUGCCAAGCAGUGCACCCACCUGUGCCACCCAGCACCCAGCAGUGCUGCCAGGCAGUGCCACCAGUCAGUGCCCAGCGUGUGUGUGCCAGUCAGUGCCCAGCAGUUGUGCCAGUCAGUGCCCAGAAGUGAUGCCAGUCAGUGCCACCUAUCAGUGAUGCCAGUCAGUACCACCUAUCAGUGCUGCCUAUCCUUUACACUUCAUUAGUGCUGCCUAUCAGCGCCGCCUAUCCGUGCCACCUCAUUAGUGCUGCCUAUCAGUGCUGCCUAUCAGUGCUUUCUAUCAGUGCCCAUCAGUGCUGCCUAUCA